AUGUCUACGAAAGCUACUCAAUCUGAAGCCUGCUGCAACACGCCCGCCGUCGUGAGCAAAGGCUACGAGCCCAAAGGCAGCUACAUCACCGUAGACGGCCUCAAAACCUACGCCACAGGCUCCCAGUCCAAACGCGGCAUCCUCGUCAUCUACGACAUCUUCGGCUUCUUCCCGCAAACCCUGCAAGGCGCCGACAUCCUCUCCACCUCGUCCACCCAAGUCUUCAUCCCGGACUUCUUCGACGGCGCCGCCGCAGACAUCUCCUGGUACCCGCCCGACACCCCCGAGAAGGGCGAAAAGCUCGGCCACUUCUUCCAGACCAAAGCGCAGCCGCCCGCCGCCCUCGCCCGCCUCCCCAAGAUCCUAGACUCCCUGCAGGCCUCGCACGGCGUCGAGGAAUGGGCCGCCAUCGGCUACUGCUGGGGCGGCAAGAUUGUCAACCUGAGUAGUGCCAAGGAUACGCGCUUCAAAGUCGCCGCCGCCUGCCAUCCCGCUAUGGUCUCGCCUGAAGAUGCAGAGAACGUGUCCAUCCCUUAUGCCAUGCUGCCCAGCAAGGACGAGAGCAAAGACGAUGUCGACAAGUGGGAGCAGAAGAUCAAGACGGAGCACGUUGUUGAGUGGUUCCCUACGCAGGUCCAUGGAUGGAUGGCGGCGCGCGCGGAUCUGGAGGAUGACGAGGUGAAGAAGGAGUAUGAGAGGGGGUAUCAGUUGGUGCUGGAUUUCUUCGCUAAGCACUGGUGAGUGCUUUUUUUUUCGUUUCUUUCUCUUCUCGCCCAUCUGCCGUGUCGAUUGGUCCCGUCUUGGUGUCUGGUGGACAUUUUGAUGGACAAAGUGAGAAUGACACAGAGAGAAAGCAAAGCGUAGUUGGGGGGUUUGGAAAAAGACUCCUCCACACGCAGAGACCGUAGCCACCCCCCCCCCCCCCCCCCCCCCUCAUAAAAAAAACGAGAAUCCAAAAAUCAAAGCCUUUCUUUCACAAAUCAACCCAAAAAAACAAGACUGCGUAUACAUGAAUUAGAGUCUUUUGCCCACAUCUGACCUAUUAUUUCCCCCCACACAGGCCAACAAGUGCAAAGCUCUGAAUUGAUUUCAACAUGUGCAUCCUGGGGAGCGGGUUUGGAUAGUGUUGAAAAGAUGAGCCUGGGACUCAAUGAGUAGGUAAUAUC